CGGGUCACUUCUAGUGACGUUCAGUCUUGGUGCCGGGACGCUGAUGGCGACGCAUCAUGCGCCGUUGCCACUCUUCGCUUUGAUAUUGAUGGUGCAUACAAUGAUGCCGAUAGCGCGUCCCAUAGCGCUCGCCAUGUCUGCCGUGCUCACGCUGGCCUACGUCGGCCUGGCGCUGGGAGUGCGCCCUGAUGGUGAAGAGUCGCAGUUCUAUCAGCAGCUAAUCUGCGAGCUGUCACUCCUACUCUCAGCGAGCGGCAUCGGGCUGUACUACAGAGCGCUCACGGAGCGAGCUCACAGGAACACCUUCGCUGGUACCAGGACUUGUCUGGAGCAGAGAGUCAAGCUGGAGUGUGAAAGGGAACAGCAAGAGAGGCUGCUGCUGUCGGUUAUACCGGCGUAUAUUGCUGCUGAGGUGAAACGCUCAAUAAUGCUCAAAAUGGCGGACGCUUGCGCCGACAGCUCAAAACAGACUCGUUUCCACGAGAUGCACGUCCAACGUCACAACAACGUGAGCAUACUUUACGCGGACAUCGUGAACUUUACGCCGCUGUCUGAGCGGCUCAGCGCGUCGGACCUCGUGAAGACGCUCAACGAGCUGUUCGGGAGAUUUGAUCAGAUUGCUCAGGAAAACCAAUGUAUGCGCAUCAAGAUCCUUGGCGACUGCUACUACUGCGUGUCAGGCCUGCCGGUGUCCAGGCCCAACCACGCGUACAACUGCGUCAAUAUGGGCCUGCAGAUGAUCGAUGCUAUACGGUUCGUGCGCGAAGCCACGGGUUUCAACGUGGACAUGCGCAUAGGCAUCCACACUGGUAACGUAUUGUGUGGCGUGCUGGGGCUCAGGAAGUGGCAGUUCGAUGUCUGGAGCGAUGACGUUACGCUAGCCAAUCAUAUGGAGUCUGGCGGUAUUGCUGGCCGUGUGCACAUAACAAAAGCAACAUUACUGCAGCUGGGUGGGAGGUUUGAUGUGGAGCCAGGAGACGGCGCCUCCAGGGAGGGCUACCUGGCUGACCACAAAGUGGAGACAUACCUCAUUGUUCCACCGAGGAAACCCUCAGAAAAUGGGCGUCUGUCAGUCUGCACGGUAGAUAGGAAAGCCAGUAUUGUAUCAUCGUUAUAUCAAGAUGUGUCUCCUACGAAACCACGAGACAACAUCAGCCCUGCACCUUCGCAAAACAGCUUCAAUGAAAUGGAAACCUUCCCCAAUAGGGUGCUGAGGACGGAGUCGUUAAGAACUACUGGAGAUCUCAGCCGAAGAGCAUCAGUGAAAGUGGUAGCUUUCGAUAAUAACACCCAAGCUACGAGCCCUGGUGAAGGCCUUGGUAAUGGAACAGUUGUCACUGCCAAACCUAAGAGUCGCAGCGGUUCUAUUAUUGGAGCUAUUAGUCCUAUUAUGGGAACAGCGACUCCCGGCGUACCAUCCCGAUCUCGUCCGUCAAGCAAGAUGACCAAGUAUGUCGAGUGUUGGGGCGCAGACAAACCAUUUGCUAAUAUCACCGACUCCACUCUUGCCAAGAAUAUUGGAAUUUCUAGUCUAGCUAUGAUUGAACAGAAUCUUCUGCCACAAAGGACAACUUGCUGUGAUUGCAGCACAAACUCAGAAGGCAUGAACCGCUUGACCCUGUGGUUCAAGAGCAGCACUCAGGAGCGUCAGUACCGCAACCAGGCGGACGCGCAGUUCAAGUAUAACGUCGCCUGCGCAGCCGCGCUUUUUGCACUGUUGGCGUUUAUACAGCUGUUGACUGUGCCUAAAGGUGUAGUCCUAUACGCAUCGUUUGGUCCGACGCUGUUCACACUACUGGUCUUCGUGUACCUAUCCUGGUAUGAUGGCAGCAUGCUGAAGAGGGGGCUCCGUCCGAUAUCUGAUGUCCCCGAUGAUUUGUAUGCUGAUAACUGUACUAAGCCUGGACAGGUGGUGGCAAAUAAUCGGUUUAUAAGGCUGACGAUGUUCACGGUGUCAGUGCUGCUUAUAGGCGCAUGUGCAGUUAUUAAUUUGUUCCAGUCAUUCGUGAUAAUAGACUACCCGAUGUACCUGCGCAGCAACAGCUCCAACCUGACAGAUUUCAACUUUACCGACGACGUCACGAUGAAUGGACUGCACUUCUCUAAUGAUGUGGAUUCAGCUCCCAGCUACCUGUACAGUUCAGUGCUAACAUUAGCAUCAAUAUCAGUGUUCCUGCGAGUGGGCUUCGUGCUGAAGUUCGCGCUGAUGCUCGUGACGUUAGUAGCACAUAUUGCGCUGUUCGCGUCGGCAGAGCUGUUUUAUGAGUACCAGAAGAAAGAUUUGGAAAAUGAAUUCACAAUGCUAGCCUACGCCACAAAAGCGGGCAUGGUGCUGGUAUUCCUAGCAGCCUUACUGCACAUCCUAGAUAGGCAGAUCGAGUUCACCUCGCGCACUGACUUCUUGUGGAAGGACAAGCUCAAGUUUGAGCAGGAAGAGGUGGAGACCAUGAGAGGGAUUAAUAAGAUUCUUCUAGAAAAUAUACUACCAGCUCACGUUGCAGAACAUUUCCUAACAAACGUUGCAUCUGAGGCAGAGUUAUACCACGAGAGAUAUUCGACGAUAGCCGUGAUGUUCGCGUCCAUACCGAACUACAAGGAGUUCUAUGACGAAACUGACGUCAAUAAGCAAGGCUUGGAGUGCUUGCGGCUGCUCAAUGAAAUUAUAUGCGAUUUUGAUAAGCUCUUAUUGAAGCCAAAAUUCAGCUGUAUAGAGAAAAUAAAGACGAUAGGAAGCACAUACAUGAUUGCUUCUGGUCUGAGGCCGGGAAAGGAAGAAAAAAAUGAUGCGACGAGUAAAGAAGAGCACACGGUAGCGAUCCUGGUGGAGUUCGCGGUGGCUCUCAUGACCAUCCUCGACCAGAUCAACCGGGAGUCCUUCCAGAGAUUCAAGCUUAGGAUAGGUCUGAACCACGGGCCGGUGAUAGCGGGCGUGGUGGGUGCUCAGAAGCCGCAGUACGACAUCUGGGGAAACACCGUCAACGUCGCCUCGCGCAUGGACUCCACCGGCAUCAUGGGGCGGAUACAGGUCACUGAGGAUACUGCUAAGGUACUAAUGAGCGCAGGCUACACGUGCGAAUGUCGAGGUCCAACAUUCGUGAAAGGAAAAGGCACACUUACAACCUACUUCGUGAAAACACCUAACGUUGGUGGAGGACAUUAAGCAGGUUCUAGAACCUUCCACCUUAGUGACUUCACAGUAGAUUGAAGAUCUAGAGAAGUCACCGAGGAGUGGAAGGUGGAAAGAGGGAAGGAUAUUGAAGAUAAGUGAGCAUCGAAUAGCCAGGGUCUACAAGAAUGUCUAAAGAGAAAUAUGAUAGAAUCAUAAAAGCGGUUUCAUAGGGAGAGAUGCUAGUUGAUUUGUUUGUUUAACGGGAAAUAACAAAUGACGAAUGCUGUUUGAAAAUUAUUCGAUUCGUAUUACAAUGUAGGUACGAAAUAUGAAUAGAACACAGAAAUUGGUUGCAAGAUUGAACAAAAUUGACGAUUACUGAAAAUUAUACAGGUCAAAAUAUUUUGAAGAACCUUAAUCAGGUUGAAUUUACUAAAUAUGUCAUAUAAUACGACUUUUCAUGACACAAAAAAAUACGUACACUACUUUAUAUAGGUUUUAAUUUACAUUUUUAUGUAAAUGAUGUUUAAAUUGUAGAUGCAUACAACAGUCAAACAUAAAACAUUUUUCAUAUUAUAUGGAACAUUAUUCAAUAAAAAUUCAAGUAAAAAGUAGUCAAGUAUCCGUAUUUUAUAAGGCCUAAAAAUAUAAUGUGCUGUUACAUAUUCACUUAUCAAAAUAAAAAGUAGUUAAAAUACUUAUUAAAUAAAAACUUGUUUCCCGUGUCUGUAUAUUUUGUUAAUAGACAAUUAUCUAUUAUGCUAAUAAUGACUAUUUUUGUGAUAAUAACAUGUUGUAGAUACCAUCACAUUAUUCAGUUUUCUUUAAAAUAAUUUAAACGCCUGAAAAAAAAAUGCGAGCCAUGUUGCAAAUGUGUGAUUCGCUCAAAGUUUCAUCUAAGCGUUUUUCAUUUUCUGAAAUAUGACUGUGUGUAUUAAAAUCUUAAAGUAAGUCAUGAUUAAUUUAAUAGUUGAGAUAAUGCCAAAAAAUAUAUUUUAAUAAAAUUUCUCUUUUAGAACAGGAUACCUAAUUUAUUUCAGAAAAAAACUUAUAAAUGAAAUAUUUUUUGUAAAUAUUAAUUUAGAUGGUAAUUUUAGUUUUAGCAGUAUAUAAUUUUAGUGUUAUAUUUAUAGUCUAAAAGUGUGAUAAACGAGAAUUAUUAUUUAACAUGACAUUAAUGCAUGACUCCUAAAAUUAGUUUAUAAUUUGCAUUUAAUAAGGAUACCAUAUUUUUUAAGUUCCAUUUUAUUGAUUUCAAUACUCUUUAGUAGUAUGGUGCUAAAUCUAUAAUAGAUAAAAAUUAAAAAAAAAUGCAUAUCCCACCAUUUUAGGCAAAGGUGUAAUUUUUGGAAAUAAUGAAAAAUUGAGAAAAUAUAUUUUCAGAGAACAUUAAAUAUUUUUUUGGAUUUUUUUAGUACCUACACCAACCCUUUUUAGUAUUUUUAUAGAAAACAAAAUUUUGAUGGCCUCUUUAAAAUUUUAUUGGAGUUUUAUAAUCCUAUCAUACAAAUAAAAAAAUGAUGUAAAUAUAUGCUCAUUAUUGGUUUAGGUGCAUACCCAAAAAUGAAUAAAAAAAAACCAUUAUAUUAGCAUUUCAAUUUGCAACAAAUUGGUGAACAACUUAAAAAAAAAUAUACCUACUUAUUGCAAUAUAGGUUUUAGCCACCUAUCUUAUGUUGCAAAUUGAAAUCGCGAAAGUACCCACUCAAAUUACUGUAAACUCUAUAAAAUAGGUAGGUAUCUUACAGUAUUACAUUUAUCUACCAAGAUAUAAAGGUUCUGAGGAUUAGCACGCUCAAAAAUACUACUUUAAGAAGUAUUAUUCUAACAAAAUAUUAUUUAUUUUUGUUAAUAUUUGAUAGACUUAGUUGCAUCUUUAUCUUAAGCUUCUUCAGUUGCCUAUGGUUAGAUAAUUAUUACAAUUAACUUAUCAUUUUCUCAAAAAGUUCUGUUAACUUGUGUAUCAAGAGCGUGCUAAGUAAAAAAUACUAGAUCACAUGUUACCAUUAGUAUCUCUAGUAAUAUUAGAUAGCAUGAAAUUGAGCCUAAAUGUAAUUUAUGGAUAUCGUUUUAGAAAAUAUUUAAGUAGGAACAAAUAUUCAGAAGUGUAAAUUUAUUUUUAGGUCUGAGAUUUAUUUUGAAAAAAUAACGAUUUUAAUAAAAGUAUCGUUCGAUCAA